GUCUAAAUACAAUGAACGAAAAUGCCAAUGGAACCUACAGCCCCUUCAGAUGGCAUGAGUUACAAAAAGAGCUGCCUACUUUCGGCACAAGUGUCAAGUUUUUCCUUCUCACAAUGAACAGUUCCAUUUUCCUGUGGAUCGGAGACGUUGAGGGCACCUUUUCAAGCCUAUCCGUUUGUGUUCCCGAGAGAGACUCGAAGACCCUUUGUAGUAGCCACAUUUACGGGACCGCUUUUCAUGGUGUACCAGGUGCAUCCCUGGGAUUACGUGAAGAAAUGUUGUCUCGAAAAAUCUCAAAGCGUUUUCAGGUUCCUGUGUACCUUAGCCUUAGCUUAAGUCCAAGUUUGGAAGCAUUGUGGGAUCAGUUCAAUCUUUGUGCUCAAGCCACGCUGUCCGAAGCAGUCGAAGAGGCCUUGUUCACCUUUCUACUCCGGACUUUGCAAUCUGAAAUGGUCACUGAGAGCAGCGUGCAGACACCAUCUUAAUUACCCUAUCAAUUCAUGUCCACCUUUUGUUCACUGCUUUCGACACUUUCAGUGUAAUCGUUAUCUGACAGUCUCUUCUCUAUCAUCUUUUCACAAGCGGUUGAAAUUUCCGAUGAGUAAAAGCAGGUGAAUGGUAGUUUCAUUUGGUCUGCUUUGUCCGUUAAACACUGG